GAGUUCCUAUAACCGCGAAUUUUUACCGACUCUGAAUAUUUGUGAAUUAAACAAAUAGAAUAAAACACACAUUCCAAAAAGUUCUAAAAUUGAAAAGUUUGUUUAAAUUAUCCAUUACUAAUUAAUAAAUAAAUAAAUGAAAAAAAAUAAUAAGCUUUUGACACAAUACCAUACACCGAGUCCAGCACCAUUAAAGUUGCGGACAGAAAUUUCUUGGGAUAUUAAUGACGUAAUUAUUCCAAUUGUUAACGAAUUCGAUGAAUUUGAUGAGUGGGUUGAUGGCCAUCGCCGUCUAGUUUAUUCGGCGUCUAAUGAAGAUGCGAAAAAACAUUCAUCAGGCUGGGCCAUGCGAAACACAAACAAUCAUAAUAUCAACAUAUUAAAAAAGAGUUGUCUGGGAGUACUUUAUUGUUCGGCUAAAUGCAAACUGGCAAAUGGUAGCAAUAUAAAUUUACGUCCUGCAAUUUGUGAUAAAGCCCGUCGUAAACAGCAGGGUAGACAAUGCCCUAAUCGAAAUUGCUCAGGACGUUUGGAAAUACAACCUUGUAAAGGCCAUUGUGGAUAUCCGGUAACCCAUUUUUGGCGUCGAGCCAGUAAUGUUAUAUUUUUUCAAGCAAAAGGGACACAUGACCAUCCAAAGCCCGAAGCCAAGGGGUCAACUGAAGCACGACGUCUUUUCGGUAAUAGCCGACGUAUUCGCAAUACAUCUACUACGCUUACACAACGAAAAACUUCUCGCAAUAAUAAAUACCGCAGUACUAAUAACCACUUUAUGAACUCACAGCACCGGUUAGAUAAAUUAGAAGAACAAAGGAACAUAACGAAUUAUUGUAGUAUUUAUGAAAGUCCUCACAACGUGGCUCCAUUUGCUCAAGAGCAGGAAAAUCUGGAACAGUCUAGACUUUUACCUUCAGAAAUUACUCCUUUCAUGUCCUCAACUUUAUGUUUAAAUACAACUACAUUAACGGAUAAUUCGAAUUUAAAUCACAUGACUGCGGCUUCCAAUGUUAACAGACUUGAAAAUAAUUUUACAAUGCUCGAAAAUUGUCAACCGUCAUCUGCUAUGACGUCUUCAGUUUCACUUUAUUACUCUCCUUCUAUGCAGAAUCAGCAAUUACAAAAUACGACAAAGAAAUCUAAGAUAAUGGAGUUAAGUUCUACAAGCGAAACACAAUUCUUUACACCAGUUUAUCAUGAACCGCGCCGAUUCAAUGAAAAUUAUGACGACACAUCCAGUGUAACUUCUAGUUCCGGCUACAAUUCAGAUGAUUAUUACUAUCCCUGCUUUGUGCCAUGUUCAGCCUCCUCGACCUCUCUAACUCUUGCCAGUAACCAAUGCCAAGAAUUAGCAAGGUCAGUUGCUUACUUUGCAGCUCAAACAACUGAAAUAUAUAAUACAGUAUUUGAACCUGUUUCGGUGCAACAGAUUCAGCUACCUAAUGUUUCUAAAGAUUUUCAUUUCGACUUUAUUGAAGAAUAUCAAAACAUGAACUCCCAUGAAAAAAAUAUCGAAAAUCAUCAAACACAGUACCAGCACGCUACUUAUGAAAGCAACACAAAUUCUGAGUUUUAUUAUUCGGGACACGAUAACGCAUGGAAUUAUUGUCUUUAAUUAUUUAAUUUGAAAUAAAUAAAACUAGUUUAAUAAUUUUGUUUGUAAAUAUAUACGGUAUAGAUCUUAAUUUUUACUCACAACUCAGUAAUAACAAUGUAAUAAAAUCAAUUGUAAAUAAAUACGUUUGAAAAACAAAUAAAGGAUGGCUAAGUUUGGGUGUAAGCGAU